CCGCGGUGCGGCGCCCACCGGCUCCCCGCGGGCCAUGGCGGCCAUCCAGAACCUGCAGCUGUGGUGCCGGCAGCAGUGCGAGGGCUACCGCGAUGUCAGCAUCACCAACAUGACCACCUCGUUCCGCGACGGCCUCGCCUUCUGCGCCAUCCUGCACCGACACCGCCCCGACCUCAUAAACUUUGACUCCCUCAGAAAAGAAAAUGUGUAUGAGAACAACAAGUUGGCAUUUCGAGUGGCAGAGGAGGAGCUGGGGAUCCCAGCCUUGCUGGAUGCAGAGGAUAUGGUUGCUCUGAAGGUACCAGACAGGCUGAGCAUCCUCACCUACGUUUCCCAGUAUUAUAACUACUUCCAUGGACGGUCUCCAAUUGGAGGCAUGGCUGGAAUCAAGCGCCCUUCCUCUGAAUCUCCAGAGCAGCAUCCUGGGAAGAAAAUUGCUCCAGAGCCUCCUAAGCCAGUGCCACUAAAACUACCUCCUGCCCACCCACCAGCCAGAGCUAAGCCAAAGGAAACCUCCCCAGUUACCACAAAAAGGGUCCUGACAGAGAGUGGGAAUAUCCCCAGCAGCAGCUGUGGGGUCUGUGGGAAACACGUGCACCUGGUGCAGCGCUACUUGGUCGAUGGGAAGCUCUAUCACAGGAACUGCUUCAGGUGCAGGCAGUGUUGGAACUUGCUUCUUCCUGGAAGCUACAAAGUUGGGCCUGAGCCCGGUACAUUCAUCUGUACCAGCCACCAGCAGCCAGACAAUGUCCAGAUCUCUGGUCUCCACAGUACUGGGAAAAAACCUGACAGUACCCCAGCCCCUACUGCUGCCAGGGCAUUCCAGAAAGCAGCAGAACCCAAGAAACCAGAGCAGGUGUUGAAGAAACCCAGCCAGGAAGGCCUCACUAAUUCAACCAAGCCAUCUGUUUCAUCUUCUGGAAGCUCUGGCUUCAAAAGUGUAAAUACUCCAUGGUCCUCCUCAGCUGUAAACAAAUCAGAUGACUGCAAAGGUGCCUCGUUGGGGAAUAAAACAGAUCGCCAUGAAGGCAGCCCAUUGAGGCCUCCUUGGACAUCCUCCACAACAAAAACACAGCAAGCCCGAGAAAAUUUUUUUCGGUCAUUGGAGUCCUCCAGCAAUAAAUCUUCUGACUCUCAAAAACAAGUCCAGUCUCCUCAUGGCCCUGAUAAAACUGCCCCUGCCAGAACCACUGCUGAGAUCAGUCAGGUCAAUGCUGGGAAGGAUCAGGCCCGUAACCAUAUUAUACAGGCUUUGUCUGCAUCAAGCACUUCUCCAAAUAGGCCAGGAGGACUCAGUUCCACUGGCUUCUCAGCACCUAGAAGUGGCAAGUUUUCUCCCACCAGUUCUCAGAGUCCAGCUUCAAAAACACAGUCCAGCAAAACAGGGUACACAGCACCAAAGCAGGAAAAGUUUACAGACCCUGUGCCAAAGAGCCAGGCGGCCAGCAAACCUGUUGAGUCUUUGCACAAGCCAGAGUCAAAAGGCAUCAAAGGAAGCACAAAUGUUGCUGACAACAAGUCUGAGAGCCCAGAAGGGUGGAGAUCUCGGUUGAAGCCUGUAGCCAUCAAGGACCAAGAUGGCUCUAAAAAACCUACUGAUAACUCCCGGGUGGGAACAGGGAGCCCAGCACAUAAGGAGCCAAAGCCAAGCCCAUUAGUUGUCCCACCAGCAAAGCAGGACUCUGCUUCAUCUGGUGGAUUCAUGAAGAAGUUGUUGAUUCCCAGCUCAGAUCUUAUCAGGAGCUGUCAGAAUUCAAAGCAAGACUGGAAAGAUCCUGGAGAGUCUGCCAAGAAGGAGGAAGAUGGCAACCAGUUGAAAACAAACACUGCUACAUUUAAGCUCUCUGUUCCAAAAAGCAAAGGCAAGCUUCAAGUGGUGUCCCCAACCAAGCUGCACCCAGACUACCUCCCUGAGGAGAAAAUCCAGGAGAAGGUUCGUGACAUCGAGAAGCAGCUAGACGAGCUGGAAUUGAAAGGAGUGGAUCUGGAGAAGCAUCUGCGUGCCUGUGAGGGAGAUGAGUCCGAGGAUGCCCUUAUGGUGGAUUGGUUCAAACUGAUCCAUGAGAAACAGCUGCUGCUCAGACAGGAAUCAGAGCUGAUGUACAAGAUGAAGCAGCAGAACCUGGAGGAGCAGCAGUGGAAUAUUGAGAUGGAGCUGCGAAGCCUCAUGAGCAAACCAGAGGAACUGAAGACACCCAGGGAGAAAGAGCGAGAGAAGGAGCUGCUGGAGUCGUACCUAAACACAGUCAAUGAUCGGAAUAAUAUUGUGGAUUGCCUGGAUGAGGACAGACUCAGAGAGAAAGAGGAAGACCAGAUGUUGGCAGACAUGAUACAGAGGUUGGAUGGAUCUCUUGAGAGCCAGGAGCCAGAGAGGAAGAAGAACAAGUUCCGCUUGUCCAAAAUAUGGAAGCAGAAAAAACAAGAGUAAAGCUCAGGAGCUUGAUGUUCCUUUUCCCAGUGGCUCAGAGUGACCCAUCAAAGGUGUGGUCCUUCCUCAGUGCUGCUUUUCUGGAGCUCCUGGACUUUGAGAGGCUCCUCUGCUCCCUGACAUGGAGACUGCAGGUUUGCUGACCGAAGGGGCAGUGUGAACCCCCUCUGGCCUUGCUGUGGGGCCCAAGGAGAGCUUUUCCAGCACAUGGACUUUUAAGACUGUGUUCCUUCUUUGGUUCUGGGUCAGAGCUGGUGCCUUGUUGGCAGCUCAGGAGGGCAGAGCUCAGUUUGCCCACCCAGUGCUUGGGUCAGUACAGUCCUGAAUGCAGGAGCAUGGCCCUGCAUGGCACUCCACAGUGUCCCAAACUUGCCACCAGGGCUGCACCCAGGACACUGCACUGGGCUGUGGAAGGGCCACUGUCCUCCCUUCCUCCCUCUCUGCUUGUGCUGUGCUCUUUGGCCAGGAUCAGAGAUGCAGAGAGGGAGAUGCUACAGGUCAAGAGGGAUUGAUGGUUUCCCUCUUAUCAUACCAGUGUGAACUGGAGGCUCUGUGUCUGGGGGAGCAGAGCCACCUCUGUGUCUGGUGUGUUCUCAACCCACAGCAGUUUCAGCAAUAGUGAUUCGUUUCCAGACCUCUUUUGGAAGUUCCUGUAGGCUGAUUUCUCAUUGCUUGAGAGGCUGCUCACUGCUUCAUUCCCUCUGUGGGGGAGAUUUGUAGCCUCCUUAUUUCUCAUGACUGCUCAGUGAAGCAGCUUUUUUGUUGUCUCUGGCCUAUCCUGAUGAAAAUGGACAGAACUGUUUUAAUAACCUGGUGCUAACUGGGAGCACAAGGGAAUUCAUGGGUUUGCCUCACCCCUAAGUCAUCUGCAUGGGACCAAUAUUUCGAUUCCUGAGCUCCAUCCUUGGACAGCCAGUGCCCUCAAGGGGUGUUGUGGGUUACCUUGGUGAGACCAGGAGUAUAAGAGCAGGUUCUGGGCUGUCGCAGGGAGCCUUUCCACUCUUCCCUCCUUCCAGUGUCUGCAGCCAGACAUCUGCCCUGGGUGCACCCUCUCUUCCCAGUCAACCUGGGGAGCAGGGAUGGAGACAACCAUGGAAAGAUCAGAUCAAUUAGUGCUGCCUCUGGUCUAUGUGGACCUCUUCCAUCCACACCAGGUACUCGAGGUUUCUCCAGCCCAGCAGGAGCAGGGAUUUUGCUGGAGGGGAGGUUUGGUCCCGCUGUGCCGGCGGCAGAGCAGAGGCGAUGCGUCCCUUUCCCACGAGGUGGCAGUGGGACUCUCCGGCCCGGGCAGGGAUGGGCUCGGGGUGGGACCCAGUGCCUGCCCGAGGGGCUUCCUGGAGCCCGCUGGGGGGACCACGGAUGUGCGAGCGGUGGGAUAUCCCGUACCUGCGUAUGCUUUCACCCAAUAAAGCAUU